AUGAUAUCCUGUGCAGCCAUUCAAAAACUUGAGCGUUAUGGCCAACUUGGCCAGAAGCGCCGCAGUGUCGAGGACUUUGUACAGUCGUCACUCAAGGACCCCAAACGUGGCAACGUGUACGCCCUAACGCAUGUGCCGACAUGGAGAUCCUGCUUAGCAGCCUUGACACUGGACGACAGGCAACAGCAGCAGCAGCAAGAAGAGGUGGAAAGGAAAAGGCAGCUCACCGAUGACGAUAAGGAUGGCAAAAAACAGGCUCAUGGAGCGGAGGGUCUUGAAGAGGCCUUGGUGGCCACACCGGCACCCAUAUUUGUCAUUAGCGACUCCCUGUUGUACGCCAUCAGUUUUGCCACGGCGCUGGUGGCACACCACUUGGACGAGCAGCGGCAUGUGGCGAAGAAAUCAGAGAAGGGGCAGAAGAAGAAACAAACGAAGGAGGACGACUCUGCGGCAUUGGUUGGCAAAGUCUUUAACUCCCGCUUGGAAGAAGCGGAGGAACUCCUUGGGUUGCUUCAGGCUGUCGCGGAGGCCUGUGGCCGCCACUGCCAUCAUCGCAACGACGGCUCGCCUGUCGUAACGCAGGCGCUGGCGCAUCUUCUUGCGACAGCUGCCGACACUGUUUUGAUCGCCAUCAUCCUGCGGCAGGUGGACGCGAACCAUAUGGAGUCCGAGGUCGACCUACUGCAUGGUCUAUGCCGCAAUGCCACCGCAUUGGUGGCCGCAGCCGCAUCGCAGCUUCGCACGGCUCGGGCACGACAGCCAUUAAAUACGCUUCGUGAUGUUCGUCCGUGUCCAACCUUGCUUAACCGGCUCCUCACGAAGACAAAGAGCACACACCCAACGACGACAAGCACGGAAACGAAGCAUGUGGCAAACAGAAGUCCUGGCUGCCUUGGUGUACAAGAGGACAAGGAGGCCAUUGUUACGUCAAGGAUGGUUGCGUGGGCUGCCGUCGCAAACCGUGGUAGUUUAAUAGCCCUCCUUGCACCCUUCACACUCUUUCAGAAGCUCAGUUUGGUUGAUGCGGUAGUGGCGGAGUCCCCGGCAUCGUGUUGCUGCCUCGACGUGGCACGUUACCGGCGCACGUUGGCCUCGCUGGUGUCCAACACGGCGUGUAAUCGUGCGACACGUUUGGUGGUGUAUUUCCGCGGGGACGAGAUCAAACUCAUGCAAAACAACGUGCGCGACAAUGCGGAGUAUGCACUUCACACGCACGUCACGACGCCACCGACGGAAGAGGCGACACUGCGCUCCGUGGCGACUUUGCCUGAAGAACAGCAGCAGCAUGCUGUUCUGCUUCUUGUUCAGUGGAUGGCGAGCAUCCCUUUUUACUACCAUAGCUUCUGCGCGGAACAAAGCUGGACAGCCUUUGCUCAGGAGCAACGCCGCAUGGUAUUGUUAAAGGAGAGUCAGGCACGGCGGGAUCGACGGGAGCAGCGGCGACAAAAGGCCUUUGGCAACACGUCCUCUGCUGUGGAUGCUACUGGACGCGGCAGCAGCAGCAGCAUCACGAAUACUAAUAAUAAUAAUAAUACCGAUAAUAAUGAUAAUGUUUACAAGAGGGAUGGCCGCGGUGAUGUGAGUGGCGACACGGCGGAUGACGAUGAUGAGGACGAACGGCAAUCGCUGCUCUCGCAUCAAAGUGCACUUUCACUCGUGAGCCGAGCGAGUAUGAUAUCCACCAUGUCAAAAUCAUCCAUGACGUCCUACCGUACGUUUCUUUCAGUCAUUGACGCAGCCCGCAACGAAACUUCUCACACUGAGGAUCCAUUGCACGUUCAUCAGUCUGAGGACGGCAAUACAAAUCUUCCACUUAUCCUCCUGGAGGAAAUCACACUUGCACUACAACGAUUCAUGGGGACCGCCAGUGACUCUGGCGUUGCUGCCAUGCUUGAACGUUUUGGUCUUCAAACAUUAGCGUGGCGUACGAUUGGUGAGUUAUACGCAUUCAUUCAGAGCACCAUUACUGCUGCGGCACCUUCAUCAGCUUUAUCAUUCUCGAAUAAUAUGAAGAUGGUCCGUAGUACUGCAGUUGCAGCUGAGGAGACACCUGCUGUGUUUCACCUCGGUCAUGACAUUCGCUAUAACAAGGGUCUUGGUUACGAGGUCCUUGGGCUGCUUUUCGCCAAGGUUGUGUUACCGCAACUGCCUACUGCGCGUAGCGAGCCUCAAGUGGCGCAACGGUAUGUGGAGCCAGCCAUUACACGUUGCCUUUUCGCCUACGAGGUAAUUGCACCGCAAGUUAUUGAUCAGAACGUGUCUGCGAUUCUGUGUAUUGCGGCUCACGUGGCGAUGGAGGCUCCGUCACAAAAGAUGAAGGGUGACAUCAACACUUCUGCUGCCGGUCUCGCCACAAAUAUGAUGAUGCUGCAUGAAUUCAUCAUCAGUCUGGUGACUCGUCUGGGGAAGAGCAAUCAAAUUCCAAUGCUAUUGGAUGCCGUUGUCUCGCAUGUCAAGAAGGAGGGCGGCACGAUUCAGGCUGUGGACACGCACGGAGAGGAUCUUAUGGUGGCAGGAUUGCAUGAAAUAUUUUCCAACCUACGUGUGCGGGAGGCUCUUGUGCAGGCGUGUGGUGUCUCGCUUGAUCCGGAGGAGUUGCUCAUACAUCUGCUGAAGUAUGUCUCCCGCUGGGCCUCUGAAGAGGAUGAGGAUGAGGAUGAGGAUGAGGCGGAGGCGGAGGCUGAUUCAGGAAAAGAAUUCCCGAAAGCAAGAGCCACGUCAACGAAAUUGUCGCAGUUGCUACCGCAGAAAGUUCUCUUCAUUCUUGAUGUUGUGGCAACAGUGAUAGAAGGCAUUCUGGCCACCUCCAUCACUGCCAUUGCCCUCUUGCAGCGUGCCGCGGAGUUGGAACUUACCCUUUCCGCAUUUCUAGUGAACCGUCUUCACAAAACAUUUUUUGCUGGGAUGGCAACAGAGGCGGAGGAAGACGGAAAGCCGCAGGCCGAAAAAGGAGGAAAUUCGGUGGAGGCAUUGUCAUCGUCAUCACCCUUUGCGGGUGGAGAGGGUAGCGUGCGGCCCAAGAUGCUGCGCCGUCUUGUCCUGUACACACUCCAUGCCAUUUAUCAGGCACGAGAGCUUAUCUUUGCUUGUCUGCGGGAUCUUGGUAUUCAGAACGUGGAGGCCUAUCUACGGAUGAUGGAGGAGACAAUGUGGCAAGUGCAAACGAAUGUGGGCGCCCUCGUUGGUCCACUUUCUAUUGAAGAACUAGAUGCGAUGAUGAGCUUCACCACACAAAUGCGUCACGCACCGUACGUGCAUCGUGCUACCUUGCUGCCGCAGCUUGUACUGCAGCGUCUCACGCUCGCACAGUCUGUUUCAGUGGCCCUGAACGUCGCGGUUGAGCCAUUAACAGAAGCCAGACGAUUAACGACCUUUGUGCUGUGUCACUUGCGCUUCGUCAGUGAUGGUGGUUACUUGCCUGAUGGAGAGACUGCACGUGCCCUGGAGCUUGCCAAUCGCCUUACUGAGGAGGAAUGGGGAUGUAUUUUGCAGUUUGGUCGUCCCAAACGCGUUCGUCGAGCGCUUGUGUGGCUGUUGCGCGUCACGUUUGCCGCAUCUCCCACCGCAUGGCGUUCUGCUUCUUGGCUUACCCGUUGUCUCACCAGUUGUGCUGGAUUCCUGCUUGAGGCACUGUGUGAAGUCAUCAUGGUCGUGACCGACGACGAGGUUUGUGCCUGUUGCUACAACCACACUAAGGUGGACGGCAGGGAAGAAGCUGAGGAGGAGGAACUGUUGUUGCAGCUCUGUGCCGCCCUGGGCGAUGUCCUACGUCGCCUCGGACAUAUUCCCCAGUGGCCUGCACUUUUGCAGCGCGCCGUACAUUGGUUGCUGCUUAUUCAAACAGGGAGCACCACCCUUGAGGAGGAGGAGGAAAACAUGAAUAGGAAGAAUAAUAAACGCAUGCGAACAUGUCUACUGGAACGUCGUCUUCUGCAGUUAAUCGCGGAUUUUCUUUCGUGCGAGGACGGUGUUCAGUCACUCCUCCGUCGUAUUCUCUUACGACCCGACGAAUCUCAUGUAGUAUCGCGUGCGAGCCGCAAGGCCGGCAGGGAAAAAUCCACGGUAGUGAACGAUGCCUUUGUGCGGGCGAUUGGGGUGCCAUUUAUUCCAUCAGCCGCCAUCCUGGAAAUUAACGUUAGCCCGCUUGACAAGAGGAAUAACGAGCAGGAAGAUGGCAGCGACACCGAGGAUAAGGAGGAGGCUGAAGGGAAUGACAGUGAAAUGAUGACAAAAAGAACUGCCGCUGUCUGCAACUUGCUUGUCCAUCAAAUGUUUUCCAAGGAAUUUGCUGUCGUGUUGAUUCGUCACAGCGAAGACAAUGCAAUGGCCCCGUGUGCGGCAGGUAUACUGCGACAGCUUUACACAACAGCGCUCCAUGUGUGCUAUGGGGAGAGAAAUGUGACAGCUUCCCCGUCGCGGGCGCACACCUUUGCCUUGUCUGUCGUGGAGGAAAUGUGCCGGUGCUGCUGUAACACGGGCAACUUUACGGCGUUGUCAUCGUUUCUCAGCGCUAUGAGUAAUGGCCCGAUUGCACUCGGCCGCGCGGCAUCGAAGGAAGUGUCCGCAGAGGAACCCAGACGGAAGCGGCCUCGUCCUGAAGCAAAGGGCGAAGGUUUGCUGGCAACAACAAAUGUCGCGGCGUUUGCAGUCUCAGACUGCUACAGAGAUGACGGGGAGGCUGUGCAGCAUAAAAAUAGCCAUCAUGACACUGCUGAGGAGCAGCCGCUUCACGAGGUAUCGCUACGGUGGAUGGAACUCCUUGGCAAACUUUUUCUGCAGGUAGUACAGAGCAUCACGACAGAGACAAAUGAGCAUUUAUUGCAUGUCUUCACUGCUCUUUACAUGUCACUCGAGCGGGUUCGCGGCUAUACGAUAAUAUCGCAGGGGUCUAAGAAGCAGCCACAUCAAGAUCAGCAACAAGAGGAGCAUUCAGAUCGGCGUUUUGGAUGUAGUCUUGCGUCUGCAGCAAUGGCCUCCCCCGGUGUUUCACGCGCGUACGGUGAGGUAUGCCGACUUUUCGCCCCAACAGAUGAGAAAACGCGUCGGAAUAGUCUCGUCACACUCGCGCGGCUGCUCAGUUCAGAGAGUGAUUCUGCACUCCGUGCGCUGUGGGUGUUGUUUUUAGUGCAGGAAGGACGACAGCGCUCCAUGGUUGCGGGGAAGGAGGGGCAUGCCACCAAGAAGGAAUGUGAUUGUUGGCUUGCCGCGCUGCUGAGCAAUUUUGACCCGCGACAAGACUACGGUGCAUGUGAUGCGGUCAUGAAUGAGUUACUGGUGGCAACAGAGUCGUGGAUGACAGGAGGACGACGGGGAGCUCAGGGUUUCAAACUUGUUGCGCUACAGCGUGAGGCGGUGUACCUCACCGACGCAGCGACACAGUGGAUGUUGCAGCAAAUGCGUGUGAUGCCUUCUAUUAUUCAUGCCUUUCCCACCGAUGGGGCCCCCGUACUGCUGCAGGAGUAUAUGCAUGCCCUCCUACAUGAGGCCAUACCGUCGUCUUACUCAUCCUCUAUCGCCUGUUCCUUUUCCUCAUCAUUCACGUCUCCUGCCGGAUUCGCCGCCCAGUGUUUGAGUCGAUAUGGACAGUUGCUUAGGGCCGCGUGCAAGUCCCUGCACCAGCUAAGCAUGGUUCCGCAUAUGCGAUUUAGUGCGUGGCGCGGGGAUGUUAAACGUUUGCUUGUGGCAAGCGGCACAAAUGCCUUGCUCAAUAGCGAUUCAAAGGCCUUGUGGUGUCAAGUGUUGGAACUCUGCGCCCUGCCGCUGCCGGCGUUUCAUGAAAACGAUGCAUUCAUCGAUCAUGAGCUGAGCUUUAUUCAUGCUCUCCUAGUUGGGUCGAGUGAUGAGCACCACCUGGAGGAGGCGAUGCUUCUUCGAGUACUGCGUGUCUUCACACGCACACUUCUCCCGCUUGGUGUCUUGUGGCGGCGAACACAUCUUCUGCCGGCGUUGAUGUCCGCGCUACUCACACGAUUUCUUGACAGCGUCGCACGCGGGCACUCUGGUCGAGUGGUGUUGAACCAACUCUCGUCCUUCUUCUUUCAGCUUGUGAAGGAUGCGAGCCACGGUGGCAACAGCAACAGGCACAGCGGCUUCCACACUUCACCGUCCGUGAAGAUGCUCUGUCUUGCCUCCAUUACUUCAUGUCUCUUUCGUCAGUCCGUCGCGUAUAUUGACGUCUUCACGACACACAGUAGUGAUCUUGACUUUCUUGCUGUGGACUUCUUGAAGGCGUUGCAGCGCAUUCACCUGCCACGCCGCAACACCUCAUCGGCGUGGCGGCAGGAGCGGCCAGUGUGGUCGGAUGCAACACUGUGUGAUCUCAGCUACGCGUCUGUGGGCAACGAUGAUGGGCAAAGUCUCCUGCGGCAAGCAGCUGAACGCGUGGAGGAGGAGGAAGGCAACGGAGAUCGCAAGAUUUUUAUCGUGCCAACAUGA